AUGCGCCUCUACCUGUUACUCGGCAUCGUCGUUGCAGGCUUGUUAGAAAACAUCGCAGCGAUGUCGAUUUGUGCCAGACGUCAACAUACAAUAGCGGGUCCAUUCUUUCAACGAGUAGACCUCCCCUCUUCCGUGGCAUGCGUCGAGCGAUGUGUAGAAUACCUCGAUCUAUGCAAAUCUGCAUUAUUUAUCAAAAGCGAUGAUAAGCCCAACGGUAUCUGCCAACUUCAUCCUUACAAUUCGGUUGAUGCUGAUGAAGCUCUCCGAACGGUGGAUCCUGAGAAUGACUUGGAAGUGACGUUGUUUGAAAUUCGCGACAAAUGCCCUCCAUUCACUAAGUACGAAUAUCUCGAUUUGUUAAGCCCAGAAUCCUUGGCCAGGUUGAGUGAAACGAAAAAAAUUGCUCGUGCGCUUACGGCGGCUUUUGAUAAUGAAAUCAUUCAACGAGAAGACGCAUCUGAUCGGAGAAAUGACUUAUCAUCUAGGGAAUUGUCGAUCUACAAAGAGAAAUCGCAUGGCUAUGCGACGAUGCAUUCGUUAGAUGAACCACGCCGUCCUAACCCCCAACAAAACCCAUUUGAUUCCAGCUCUCGGGAAAGAAAUCAGGGUCGUAAAAAUUAUAACGCUCAAGAAGAAACAAACUACGGGCCUUCUCCGAGCCUUUCCGGAUUGACGCCAAUACGACCUAUACAAAUUUUACACCAAGGACGGCCAAUGCUACCCUUCGACGAUCGGCCACCUUUAGCCUUACCACAAAACACAGCAUAUCGCCAUUCAUCUUGCCCUGCCGGCUCGGCCUGUGCCCCGACCCUCUUCCAGGUUGACAAAUCACCAUGUCCUGCUCAUCAAGGAGAUCCUUGUGCUCCAAAGCCGCAAUGUGCUCCUCAGGCGAAUGAAUAUCCGCAAGCGCCUUGCCAGCAAGAUGUGCCAGAAUGGAGUGAAUGGACGGCGUGUUCGGUAUCGUGUGGAAUGGGGCAAAUGAUGAGGACCUGUACCGGCGGCCACUGCCCGGGAAUAUCAAUGGCACCGUGUUUCAUGCCGAUUUGCCAGGAAUGGGGACCCUGGGGCCAGUGGACCGGAUGUUCGGCAACAUGUGGAGCCGCCCAGAAAUCAAGGAGGCGACAGUGCAUUGGCGGAAAUGAUUGCGUGGGCGGGAACUUGGAGAAUCAAGACUGUUAUGCGACGCCUUGUCCUGAAUGGUCGGAAUGGGGAGACUGGGAGGGCUGUACGCAAAGCUGUGGUCAAAGAAGGGAAAAGCGAUACCGCCAAUGCCAGGGUGGCUUGAAUUGCCCCGGUAUGCCUGUGGAAGAGCGCAUUUGCGACAAAGGCCCAUGUCCAUAUUGGGCCAGCUGGUCGCGUUGGGACCAAUGUACCGCGACAUGCGGCGGAGGAUUCACCACACGUAGUCGAGAAUGCGUAAAUGGUCCCGGAUGCAGCGGGGAGCAGGAAGAAAAGCAGCCCUGCAAUCUGGAACCCUGCCCGGCUUGGGCCGACUGGACCGAGUGGUCACUUUGCCCUCCGAAAUGUGGAGAAGAGUCGGCCAGGAUUCGGAAUCGGGCUUGUUAUUUCAAAGGGUCCUUAUUUAAUGGAUGUGAAGGUCCGGCGCAAGAUCAAUCGCCAUGUCCGGUGUCACAGUGUCCGAAGUGGAACGAAUGGUCGGAUUGGUCGGAGUGUAGUCAUACGUGUGGUCAAGGGACACAAAUUAGGACCCGAACCUGCGAAGGGAAUGGUUGCGACGGUCCGUCGCGUGAAAUGCGCUUCUGCCAAAUUUCGGUGUGCCCAUACUGGGGUGAAUGGGGCCAAUGGAGCGGAUGUUCAGUCACUUGCGGUCUAGGAGUAUGCGAACGGAAGCGAAAGUGUGUUCUCGACGAACUGAUCAACCUACCAAACUUGGAUGAACUGGAAGCAGCAGCUGCUGCGGAAGAAGAAUCCAUUGAGAAGGGCUUGAGGCUGGUUGAGGAAGGCGCUAACUCGAUAGCUGUGCGUGGCGGAGAGAAAAACGUGCAGUGUCUCAUGAAGUUGCUGAAAGUAUCGCUUGCGAUGGGUCUGACGUUGAGCGGAAAACUUGCGAUGCUGGUAUACAAGCAUAAUCGCUACAAAGCAAUGUUUAGGAUCCUGUUGUUAUUGGGAUCAAUGGACGGACUGGUCUCCUUGCAUUGGAUGUGGUUCGAAUUCGAUUACAAGGAGGAAGAUUCUCUUCCCAGACCAUCAUAUGUAAAAUCGGAAUUUUACUCUGGACCGGGCACAUCUUAUCAAGGACAACACAUGCUACCCCAAUCGGCAUUCGCCGGGCUGCAACCCAUCGUACCUGUCAACUUCCGUGGAAAACGCGAAACCAUCUCGCAUUAUGCCGGAGCAAGCGAAUGUCAAUGCCAAGGCCCUGCGGUGGAGACUAAAAUUUGUUCGGCCCCUCCGAAAUGCGAAGUCGAGGCCGAAUUUGCGCAUGAUAGCUAUGCAACGCUUUCACAACCUACCGUCUUGAACCCUACUUGCGAGUGGACAAACUGGGGCCAAUGGUGUGGUUGCGAGAAAUGCAGGGAAGGUAGAGAGACCCGAAGAAGAUUUUGUGAUCUACCCGCAAAGGCACCUGGAGGCCCUACGAGACCAGAUCCAACAUGCCGAUGCAAUGGUAGCGAUAUGGAGGAGCGCGGCUGCCGUGUGAAAGAGGAAUGCGAAAUUGAUGCUUUGGUUGCUGAAGACCGGACCCGGCCAUCUUUUAUUAAGAAUGCACCUGAUGUCAGCGAACCAAAUGAUAAACGGCCUCCAUCCCAAAAAGCUGGUGUAGCCGCUGGGAGUUAUGAGGAAUUAAGACCGGUCGACUAUACUGGACCGAUUUAUUCGAACGUUGAGAUCACAAGUAUCCAGAAAGGGCCGUGGAAUGGAAAACCUGACAACAGCAGUGAGAAGACUAUUGGCAGAGCGAUUUCUGUGCAGGAAUUCAAGAAGGAUGCGUUGUUGAAAAAGGAGGCUAAUGGGGAGGAUGAGCUUGUCGGGAAUCUUUGCCGAUGGUCAAAAUGGUCUGAUUGGUCGGAAUGUCAUGAAACACGACUGAAACAAAGGAAACGAGCCUGUGUCGGGCUUGACCCUCGCGUGUCCACUUGCCAAUGUAUGGGGCUAGAUUUGGAAGAGACAUCUUGUAUUCCAACACAACGUGUCGCUUCUUCAGUUGAAUUUAUUGCAUUGACAAAUGAGAGGAAAACACAACGGACAAGACAGGAAUUAAUAACAGCUCCAGACGAAGAAGAUGCGCCAGUGGGAAAUGGUUGUGAAUGGACUCGCUGGUCCCAAUGGUCACCGUGUACAGCUACUUGUGGUAUUGCAGAACGGAUACGAAGGAGAAGAUGUUCUUGCGCAAAUGAAAACGAUUGUGGUGGUGAAGUGACAACAGAAACCGACACUUGCGACCAGCCAUCCUGCAUUGCCACCCCACGACCAUUCCCAAAGUUCAAUAUUUUCCAG